AUGCGAAGUUUCACGGGGAUUGAUGCAGAAUAUGAGAAGCCAGAGAGCCCUGACCUGGUCAUCAAGACUGUGGACCGCAGUGUGGAUGAAUGUGUUCAGCAGGUUGUUGAGAUGCUCAUGGAACAUGGGAUCCUGCCCAGGUCAUUUUCAGAAUCAGUACUGGAGUUGUUUGUCCCCGAGAACCAGCUUUCAUCUGUAAAGGAAGAGGCAGAACUUCUUCCCAAGCUGCAAAUCUCAACACUAGACCUCCAGUGGCUUCAAAUCCUCUCUGAGGGAUGGGCAACUCCCCUGACUGGCUUUAUGAGGGAAAAACAAUACCUCCAGGUGAUGCACUUUGGGUGUUUGAUGGAGGGAGGCCUGUUCAAUCAAAGCAUCCCGAUAGUGUUGCCGGUGACGACUGAAGAUAAAGAGCGUCUUAAGAGCAACAAUGGCAUUGCCCUUGUUCAUGAUGGGACAAUCUAUGCUAUCCUUCGAGAUCCUGAGUUCUAUGAGCAUCGCAAGGAGGAACGUUGCUGUCGUCAGUUUGGUAUCUGCAAUCUGGGACAUCCAUAUCAGAAGAUGAUUUGGGACAGUGGAGACUGGCUGGUUGGAGGGGAUCUGCAGGUCCUCAAACGAAUCUGCUGGAAUGAUGGCAUGGAUCAUUAUCGGCUCACACCUAAUGAAUUGAAGGCCAAGUUUCGGGAAAUUGGAGCUGAUGCUAUCUUUGUGUUUCAACUCAGGAAUCCCAUCCACAAUGGACAUGCCCUCCUCAUGCAGGACACACAGAAGCAGCUUGUGGAACGAGGCUACCGAAAACCAGUGCUUCUUCUGCACCCCUUGGGAGGUUGGACGAAAGAAGACGAUGUCCCACUGGAUGUUCGCAUGGAGCAGCACAAAGCUGUACUUGAAGAUGGGAUCUUGGAUCCUAAUACCACAAUUGUGGCCAUCUUCCCAUCUCCAAUGAUGUAUGCUGGGCCAAAAGAGGUGCAGUGGCAUGCAAAGGCACGCAUGUCAACUGGUGCCCAUUUUUACAUUGUGGGGCGAGAUCCAGCUGGGAUGCCACAUCCUGAUUCACCAAAACAGGAUCUAUAUGAUCCUACUCAUGGGGCCAAGGUGUUGACAAUGGCACCAGGUUUGACUCAGUUGGAGAUCAUCCCCUUUCGUGUAGCUGCAUAUGACAGGAAGAACCAGUGCAUGGCAUUCUUCAACCCAAAGCGCAAGGAGGAUUUUGACUUCAUAUCUGGCACCAGCAUGAGAGGUUUGGCAAGAUCGGGUCAAGAUCCCCCUGAUGGGUUCAUGGGCCCCAAAGCUUGGCAAGUCCUUGCUUCUUAUUACAAGUCUUUACCCACCUCCUCACAGUGAAAACCAGAGAUCCAAUCUGUGUGUUGUAUUGUCAUUGAGUAAUAUAUUCCAAAGGUUUUCUUUUUAUUAUCAGCAUUCAUGUGUGAAGUGGGAUUAAGUCAACAUGCAGAGAGUCGAGGCUGGUGCAGAAAAAAAAAUUAUAUUUCAUUUCUCAUUUUGGACUUUCCAGUUUUAAUUUUUUAUGAAAAACUUGGUCAUUCUGUGGCUUGAAGCUGAUGCCUGGGAUGUUGAUUUUGAUUUUGAACAUUUUUUUAAUUUUGAUUUUGGAUAUUGAAUGUGAAGUGUUAAAAGCACUUUACAUUCAAUAUCCAAACUAACUAGAGUCCAGUGGAGAUUUUUCUGAAUCAAUUGAGCACUGCAGAAGGCUCUGUCCAUCCUGAUUUUGCAUAGUUACCAGAACUAGAAGCUACCAGAACUUUCAGACUCUUUGCAUGCAGAAAUUUUGCUUAAUUUACCUAACUUGGGUUAUUUUAUCUGCUCUUUUUUUUCAGUUUUAUUUUAUACCACUUUGGAAGUGCCCUUAGGCAUAUGAAAUCUGUGAUUUUUUACCCUAGAGUUUUUCCUUUUUUUUUCGACUUGAAGAUUUCACAUGAUGGUGUUGGUGUUCUUGCCACAUUUUGCUACCAGUAUUUGGGUUACUAAGUUCAUUUUCACAUUCAGUUGAGAUGCACAAUAAAAUUGGAAUGGUGUUUGGA